CCUUCGAGCUCCCUGCCUGCCUGCCUGCCUGCCUGCCUGCCUGCUGCUCCUCGCAUCAGCUUCGGCGGAGCUCUGCUGGUACCCAGACGGCCGCUCGGAAGACGCCGGCGGGUCCCAGCAGCUACACCGUGGGCACCAUGUCCGAACGCUUUGAUUGCCACUAUUGUCGCGCCCCACUGCAUGGAAAGAAGUACGUGCAAAAGGAAGGCCGCCACUGCUGCGUCAAGUGCUUUGAGAAGUUCUGUGCCAACACCUGUGCCGAAUGCCGGAAGCCCAUUGGGGCCGAUUCCAAGGAGCUGCAUUUCAAGAACCGCUACUGGCACGACACCUGUUUCCGCUGCUUCAAAUGUUACACGUCUCUGGUGAACGAGCCCUUCAUGCUGAAGGAGAACAACAAGGUGUGGUGCAAUAAAUGCACCAGCCAUGAAGCGCCUCAUUGCAAAGGCUGCCUGAAGCCCAUUGUGGCAGGGGAUCAGAAUGUGGAAUACAAGAAGAUGGUGUGGCACAAGGAUUGCUUCACUUGCAGCCAGUGCAAACAAGUGAUUGGCACGGCCAGUUUCUUUCCCAAAGGAGAUGAGAUCUACUGUGUUUCCUGCCAUGAGCAUAAGUUUGCAAAGACCUGUGUGAAGUGUAAGAACGCCAUCACUUCUGGAGGUGUCUCCUACCAAGAUCAACCUUACCAUGCCGAGUGCUUUGUGUGCACCACUUGCACGAAGAAGUUGGGUGGACAACGCUUCACUGCGGUAGAGGACCAGUUCUACUGUGUGGAUUGCUACAAGUCUUUUGUGGCUAAGAAAUGCAAUGGUUGCAAGAACCCCAUUACAGGCUUUGGAAGAGGCACCAACGUGGUGAGCCACGAGGGCCACUCCUGGCAUGAAUACUGCUUCAACUGCAAGAAGUGCUCCAUCCCCUUGGCUAACAAGCCCUUUGUCUUCCACCUGGAGCAAGUCUACUGCCCCAACUGUGCCAAGAAGCUGUAAGGGAGGGGAAGGGCAGGGCGGCAGACACAGCUCGGCUCUCUCCUGCAAAGUGGCUUGGAUGCUGUCUGCUUGCACGCGGCCUGGUUGUAGGCAUCUGCAUUUUGCCCCCCCCCAUCCCAACUCCCCCUUUGCUUUUCUAAAGAACAUUAAGGCACUUUCCCCUCCUUUCCCUCUGCAGGUCACAUUCAAUAAAGGGUUCACUAACCACUGCCGCAAACUCUGCUUUCUCGCCAUCUUUAGAUGCUCACUGAAGCUGGGGGCUACUUUGCGCGUCCCACAUAGAGUUACUAUUGGCUUUGCAAGGCCCGGCCCUAUUUGCCGGUUAGGGGGCUAGCAACUCAGCAAGGGUGAAUUCACAUGGCUGCUUUUGAAGAACAUCUCCCGAUCUCCCCUUGUGGGGCAGAUCCAGUUUACAAAGCCACAGAAAUGAAGGCGGAGGCCGGAUUUCAAGGCUCCGGUGGCUGGAGAAAACCAGAUUUUCAGCGGAUUUUGUUUUUAAAGAGGUGCCCAUUUGUUCUCCUCGACGGGCCCGACACUUCGCCCGCCACAGCGCCCUGGUGGCAAGUACCCAACUGCUAUUCUUUUCAGAAAGGCACCUCUCUCGAAUGUCGAUUGAAAACAUUCCUGGUCCACAGCCUGGAGAAUGCUGCACCUGUGGAACAGACCUGUCACCCGCUCACCUAGCUUUUGGUUCUUACAGCUGUGGCAUUGUGGUCCACGGACCCUUUAUUUGAUGGUGCUCGUCCCAAAUGAUUUUUUAAACACAUUUGCUACUUUUUUUAAAAAAAACAACCCUCAGCCAUUGUUUAUAGCUUCAGGUAUUUCCAUUUCCCUCGCCCAACUCUCCAUCCUCAUGCCAGAAUAGGUAGGAAAUGCUUAAAUAUUGGAUUUGCCAGAUGUGAGGCAGCUGGGGAAUGCAAAUGGUACUCCUCUUAUGUGGGCAAUUCUCAACGGAGCUUCUCGCAAGGGGCAAAAAAGGAAGAAAGAGAUGAAUGUGGCCAUCUGACUCCACCCUAAAAUCUGCUAGUUCAGGAUACGGUUUGGCGCUUUUCUUCAGUUUGCAUUCAUAUUAAUCCAUACAAGUAACGGUGAUGUCACACGUUUCCUUAGCCUACCAUGAAUGAGAGCAAGCGCAUAGUACGUAGCUUAUUUUAAUCAGCGUUUAACCUCCAGGAACGGCCACCGCUGACCUUAGAAUAACCAUAUUUAGCAACCCACCUUAAUACUUCAACUCUGCUGGAAUGUGAAAGCAGGUUGCCGGAUCACCAGGUUCCACGGCUCAUGCCGAAACUGGCCACCUCCGGCUCGAGUAUCGCUCUCAGCACAAGAUGCCUGCGUGCUAAAGCAAGGGGAAAGAUCUCUAGGGGCAGGCUGAAAUAUUUGGGUGACAUAAUUGCAAUUCUUGUUAUUGUACCAAGGCAUUUCCUCCAAUAAACAGGAAGUUGCUGCUUA